AUGGACGAAGAUGCUCAGUUAAAUGGCGUCCCAGUUCUGUUUAUUCCUGGUCAUGCUGGUGAUUACACUCAGAUUCAAUCGUUUGCUUCUGCUGCUCAUCGUGUCAUACAAUGGAAACGAAGCGAGGGCAGGAGUGUAGCUGGUUUUGAUAUUUUCACGAUGGAUACAAAAAAGGAAUUUGGUGCAUUCUCAGAUGCUGCACUGUUCCUUCAAGCACAAUUUGCUAGCGAGGCAAUUGUGCAUAUUUUGGGUAAAUACAAACACUUGGAACAUGGCCCAAAAUCCGUACAUAUUAUUGGCCAUUCCAUGGGCGGCUUUGUUGCAAGAUUGAUCCCACUCUUGGAAGAUCUAUAUCCCGAUUCUUUGUUAGACUCUGCAGUUUUCGCUCCAGCAGGAACCAUCCAGUCCAUCAUUACGCUUUCAUCUCCACACAAUCGCCCCCCUGUGCCAUUGAGCAUGCAUAUCGAUGCGUUAUAUACCCACGUCAACAGGAUCUGGUCAAACAGUAUCAAUACUAUAUCUAUUCAAAACACAACUGUGGUUUCAAUUGCAAGCGGGAGAAAAGACACGGUUUUAAACUCGGAACUGACUCAUAUCAAAGGAAUUGUUGAUCCUUCAAGAGGGUUUGGCGUAUAUGCUACUGCUAUGCCAAAUGUCUGGGCUACAUUUGAUCAUGAAGGGGCUCUAUGGUGCAACCAGCUUAUUGAAAAAAUAGCAGAUGCAAUGUUUGACUUGCAUGACUGGAAUGACUCUUACAGUCUGUUGGAUGUAGAUCGUCGAAUGUCAAUACUAAAAACUGCGUUUUUAAACACUCCGAAACUGCAUAAUGAGAUCAGUAGCACCACAUUUACCAAUAACAGCAUUCUCAGCAUUCCCGAUUUGGCAGAUGAUGCCGUUAAAACCCAUACAUUCUCAAUCAGUGCAAAUUCAGCCAAGAAACGCAUGUUUCGUUUAGUCACUAGCAGCUGCUCGCUCAAUAUAAACAAUGAUUCACUUUUGGAUCAAACAGCGUCCACUCCAAUCGAUAUACUUGCAGCUUCACUACAGUCCGUCACUGAUGAGCUGCCAGUCUAUUACAAUCUACGUCAAUCUCUGGCAAGACAGAUUCCUCAAUCCACUACAGAACCCUUUAAACUUAUGUUUCGAAGAUUAUCCGAUUUGAGAGAGGACGGGAGACCUUGCUGGACUAUGAUAGAAGUCAACACAAACGAAGUGUUUGGGCCUCAAAAUAAUGUUAAUAUACUUUUAAAGAAACACAGUGACUCGACUGGAUUUGUCGAAGCUAAUUUUGAUGAUUUUGAUGAACCUCAUAGCGUGGCUAUAUCUACUUUUGAUUUGAUUUUUGGAACAACAGUUACUUUAGAUACGUCUGCAGUUGUUUCGCACUUUGUGUUUCCAAGAAUCAAGGACAAUCAUCUCAAGUAUCUUGUGAAAAUAACGCCCCAGUGUGAUGAACAUCCAACUUUCCCACCCUUUGUAGAGUAUGGUGCACCGCCUUCAAACGAUUUUAAAUUUGUUUCGAAUAUUUCAGACACAAUUUUAUCAUGGUACCAUAGUCCAAGCGAUCUAGACUUUAAAUCUGGGUUGAAAAUGGCACUGGCGUCUCCAUUAUCGUGCAAGACAUCCGUCAUUCGGAUAAAAAUUCAUUGGAUAGCGAGUUUGGGACUGCUGAUUGGCGACUUUAUCACUUUUUUGCCUGCCAUGAUUGUUGCGAAGCGAAUACUUUCAUUACAAAGUUCAAUGGAUCGACUAUUUAUGCCAACGUAUUUAUUUCUAUUUGCUUUGGAUCUGAUUUACCCUUACAUUACAAUCACAUUGAAUCCUUCAACCAUCUUUUUGGGCCAUCGUGAUCUAGCCAAUCCUUUUGGUUUACAUUUUUGGUUUUCUGUAUCAACAAGUAUUAUAUAUGUUACGCACUUGCUGCUUGAGUUUUUUACAUGGGGACUAGGACAAGUGGCUGGCUCCCUGUUGAGCGUAAUGUUUAGUUUACGACUUGGUAUUGCUGGAUGGGUGCCUGUUGGUAUUGCCGUGAUAUUUUUUCCAUGGCAUACGGUUCAUUUGCUCUGUUUUACUUAUUUGUUUUUGCAUGCAUCGUACCAAUCCAAAUAUCGACGUUUUCAGGAUGAUGUUGCUGCUUCGCAGACUGUGCUGAUGCUAUCAGCAAUGCUGAUUCCGUUUAGCGUGUUGUCUUUGUCUGCUGUAGGUGUAUUUACAUCACCACAUGCGACAAUCAGACAUGGCGGAUGGAUAGAAUGGAUUGCACUAAGUUCCAUGAGCAGAGUGGUUGGUUCAUGUCUUCAACUGGUGCUUGCUUUUGGACAUUCUUUUCGACUGUGGCCAUUUUGGACAACUCGAAUUAAUGAGCCCAACUCACGUAAAACAACGCUUAUAAUCUAUCUAUUGGCGAGUGUUUGCAUUGCUUAUGGAUAUUGGUCUCCAUUUGUUGCAUCAGAUGUGGUGUUUACUGCAUUGAUGCUGUUUGUCACUCUGUCCAAUAUACUCAAAUUUUCCAGAAAAAAGGGCACCAAAGUAGCCGACUCGUUCAAGAUGCAUAAAUCCCCUACUAUAUCGGAUUAG